CCACAGUUUUUUAAUCUACUCAUCUGCUGCCACCGGCUUUUUGCUGGAGGAGGGUCUCCUCGCUUUGGGGUGUAAGAAAACGCAACAUCUGUGCAUUUCAAUGAAAUGAGGCCUGUGUAAGUUUCUGUGUGGACAUGUGCUUUGUUUCUCUGGGGUAUGUAUCUCCAGAGUGGAGUUGCUGGUUAUAUGCGAACUCUGGAGAACUCACCAAACGGGUUUUCAAAGCGCUGAGCCGUUUAGUCCUCCCGCCAGCAUGGAGAGAGGGCUCCCAUUUCUCCAUCUUCUCACCAACACUUGUUAUUGUCCAUCUUUUCCUUCCCCCAUCCCAGCAGUUGUCGCUUUCUGGUGGCUAAUGAUGUGGAGCAUCUCUUCAUGUGCCUGCUGGCCAUCUCGAAUGCUCGCCACGUCUCUUCAAACAGCUUUCCAGAAAGCUUAUACCCACAUACCUUCUCAUCACCAGCGGGGCCAGCACUGGGUGUCCAUCUGUUGAAAACCUUUGCCAACUUCCAGAGUUCAAAGCCCAAGCUACAAGCAGCCUGCUCCAGCCUCCAGGAGGUCCGGCGAUGCACACGCCUCGAGAUGCCCGACAACCUCUACACCUUUGUGCUGAAGGUGAGUGACGGAGCUUCCACACCCGGGGGAACACGUGCACACACAGCUCACGGACCCACACCGCUGCUCCCUUCCUCCCACCAGGUAAAGGACCGGACAGACAUCAUCUUUGAGGUGGGAGACGAGCAGCAGCUGAAUUCGUGGAUGGCUGAGCUCCGAAAGUGCACAGGCCAAGGGCUGGAGAGCACAGACCCGGAGCUGCACGUUCCCUCCGCUCCGGAGCCUGGCACGGCCAGCUCUCCCAGGGGAAGCACAGAUUCCCUGAACCAAGGUGCUUCUCCUGGGGGGUUGCUAGACCCAGCCUGCCAGAAGACAGAUCACUUCCUGUCCUGCUACCCCUGGUUCCAUGGCCCUAUCUCCCGAGUGAAGGCAGCUCAGCUGGUUCAGCUGCAGGGCCCUGACGCUCAUGGAGUGUUCCUGGUACGGCAGAGCGAGACCCGGCGUGGGGAGUAUGUGCUCACAUUCAACUUCCAAGGCAUAGCCAAGCACCUGCGUCUGUCGCUGACCGAGCGGGGCCAGUGCCGCGUGCAGCACCUUCACUUCCCCUCGGUCAUGGACAUGCUCCACCACUUCCAGCGCUCGCCCAUCCCCCUCGAGUGUGGAUCGGCAUGCGAUGUCCGGCUGUCCAGCUACGUCGUGGUCGUCUCCCAGCCACCAGGUUCCUCCAACACUGUCCUGUUCCCCUUCUCCCUCUCUCGCUGGGAUUCAGAGCUGGGCCUUCCCCACCUUAGCUCCUCCGGCUGUCCACGGGGGCUGGGCCCGGAGGGUCUCCCAGGCCGCUCCUCCCCGCAAGAGCAGAUCUUCCACCUGGUGCCUUCGCCCGAGGAACUGGCCAACAGCCUGCGGCACCUGGAGUCGGAGCCUGCCAACCGUGCCCGGGACUCAGACUACGAAAUGGACUCCUCCUCCCGGAGCCACCUGCGGGCCAUAGACAAUCAGUACACGCCUCUCUGACGGGCAGUGGACUCCCAGGCCACAGGGCCCUGAAGGAGCAAGCAAGCGACAGGAACUGGUAGAAUGUACUUUCUUUCCUUCCUUUCAGAGAGAGUGAAGGGACAUUAACUGCUCCUUCCAAUUUGGAUGUGACCCUUCUAUUAGGCCUGUUAAAGGGCCUUCUGUAAGUUCCCACCUGGCUUUCUCCUUAUUGUUUACAGAUGUAUUUCUUGUCCGCAGAUGCCCUAGCUCCUGUCGGGCCCCCAGGACCAGGCUGG